AUGGAACUCAACCGAGAAAAUUUUCGCGCCAUUAUUCACUACAACUUUCAAAAGCAAUUAUCGCAACAAGAAUGCCUUGCUGAGUUACUGUCUGUUUUCGGCAACGAACCGCCACAUCAGUCGACAAUUUCCCGUUGGUAUGGAGAACUCAAACGUGGACGGGUGAGUCUUAGCGACGAUUCCAGGAUGGGUGCACCAAAAACGGCAGUCACCCAGGAAAACGUCGAUGCUGUGCGCAAACUCAACAUUGAAGAUAGACAUGUGACACAUCGCAAGAUUGAGACGUCCUUGAAGAUCUCAAAGACCUCAAUUCAAAAAAAUUUACAUGAAGAAUUAGGAGUAAGAAAAUUAGUUUCUCGUUGGAUACCCCACCUGUUGACUGAGGAGCAGAAAGCAGCCGGGUCGGCUGUUUGGGUGUUCCAAGGUGAAGAAAAGCCAACAAAAGUCAUCCGUUCUCGAAGUGUUUCGAAAAAGUUGGUCGCGAUAUUUCUGUCAAAAGCGGGUCGUAUUGCAACAAUUCCUCUUAAUGAGCAAAGAACUGUUACUGCGGAUUGGUAUACCACCAUUAGUUUGCAAAAAGUCAUCACCGAGCUUGGAAAAAUCAACCCCGAAAGAAGAAUCACCCUCCACCAAGACAAUGCAAGCUCGCUCACAGCCCAAAAAGCAAGGCAGUAUUUAACGGAAGAAAACGUGGAAUUAUUGGACCAUCCUCCAUAUAGUCCCGAUCUAAGUCCUAACGAUUUCUUUCCUUACCCGGAAAUCAAAAACAGACUGCGUGCAAACGAGUGGAAUAAGUGCUUCGAAAAUUGGUUCGAGCGCAUGCAGAUGUGUAUUAAUCUUCGUGGAAAAUACUUCGAAAAACAAUAA